CUCUCAUACGUGCUGCUGGUAACAAAGGAGACAACAACAGGGGGAUGAUGGGUGCUCAGACAACAAGCCUGUCAGAGAAACAAAAAGGAACUGAACCGCUAACCAUGUUGGAUUGCCAACAGUAGAGCCGAAUCACAGGAGAAGGAUUCAGAAAUGUCUGUAUAACAUUGGUGAAGAUGACAUGCUCACAUUGACCCGACUCGUCAGGUCUGGGAGUAAACACAAGCUACCAUGUCUGUCCAGGAAGCAUCCCAACGGCCCCUCAAACCUGAGCCCAAACCGAGACUGGAGAUCCCUCCAAAACCGACACCACAAACCAUCUGCCCUCCUCUAGGAGACAGCACAAGGCUUUCUGGAGGAAAGGUCAAGAGGAUUGUGAACAAGUUCAGCAUAAAGGAUUCGAAUGAACCGGGGGAACAACCCACCAAUGGUACUGCAAAACUAAGGUCAAUUAAACGGUUCAAAAGGCCGCCUACGGUAAAGCCCAAACCAGGCCGUGCCAGUCUGCAGCUUCAGAUUAGUAGAGAAAAGGCGCCUCCGCUGCCUGUUAAGAAGCACCGCAUCCUUCAGAAGCAGGAGGGUGGGGGUGCAGAGGAUGGGGACACCAUCAGUGUGGAAGGAGGUCGAUCAGCGCCCGAUGGAAAAGAGGUGGAGAUCCAGUUGAUUGGAGGAGGUGAAGCGGAGGUGGAGCACAGUCCUCACACACCUCUCGACCUCUGCGACCCGAGCUGCAGCUGCGUGUGCCACCUCCAGUGGCCUGGCAUGAAACUAAUAUGGGUGCCCGUGGAGAUGCAUGAUGGCGGGGAGGAGCACUGUGUUGUUGGAGACGAGGAUGAGACUGACGAGGAAGAGCAGGGAUGGGAGGAUGAGUGGGGAGUGGAGAGGGACAGCGAGGCAGAGGAUGAGGUGGACAGGACGUCUGUAGUUGACGAGAGUGAAGUGUUGAAACAAGACAAGUCAAAGUUCCACCAAUGUUUGGAGGUUUUGCUCGGUGAUGGUAACCGGAGGCUUUCAGACCCGGGCCCUCGCUCUGUUUUAACCUCUCUCGCUGUCACUCGCUCUCAGUCUCCCCCUGUUCCCCCGAAACGGGCUCAGUCACCACAAAUCCACCACUUAUCCACCCAAAACGAAGAAGAAAAUAUUUACGAGGACACCCUUCCAGCGGUCAACCCCACUCCUAAAAAGCCCAAUGUGUGUAAGGAACUGGAUAUUCCACUAAUCAAAGUGCGCAAACCAGCCCGCCGGUCUAAACUGUCCUACAGCACCUCAGACCAGACGUCCGAGUUUCAUACGAACACAGAACCCAUCUUGAACCAAGACAAAGUGCCGCCUGCCAUCCCGCCGAGGAUACCUGUGAGUCAUGACAGCCACAGCCUCACGCGGGUGCACCGGGGCGGCGUUCCUCUCCCCCAGCCCACGCUGGAGGAGUGGCGCACCUUGCGGCCCUCAUCCCCCAGCAGCUCCACUGCCAGCGGGCUGAGCACCCAGAGGGACAUCGCUCCCUCCCUACCCAGCCCUCACAGACCCCCACCUCCACCACCAAAGACGGAUCCCAGGAGGCUUAGUAGUGCCUCACUGCAAUCCCUCACGCAGAAAAAAGGAGAGGAGAAUGAAGGGAAUGAAGAAGAGAAAGAUGACACAUUCAAAGAACUGCCUCCAGUCAGGAGCGGCUCCCUCAGGAGGGAGUCUUCGUUCAGCUGGGAGUCCCGGCUGCAGGAUGAGCCUCUGUACCAGACAUACCGUGCCACGGUCAUCACCAAGGAGAUCCGACGCCAGACAGUUUGUCGCAACAUCAGUAAAACUAGUGUGGACUACGCCAUGGAAUGGACAGCCCGUCGCUCUGGGGCUGGAACCGGGACUGCGAAUGGAGCACCUACACCGGGCCAGAGCACCCUGUGGCAGGACCUCCCAGCUGUUCGCGAGGCAGGGGUGCUGGAGCAGCUCACCCCUGAGCAGUGCAAGUACCAGGAGAGUAUGUUUGAGGUUUUGACAUCUGAGGCCUCUUACCUUCGAUCCCUGCAAGUUCUGACCGAACACUUCCUGGACAGCCGAGAGCUGGAGGAAACAAUGAUCAUCAGAGAGAAGAAAACCCUCUUCUCCAACAUCCUGAGGGUCCGAGAGGUCAGCGAGAGGUUCUUGAAGGACCUGGAGCAACGCAUAUUCAAGGACCUGGUCUUUCCUGAUAUCUGUGACAUUAUCCACUACCACGCCCAGCACAACUUCCCAGCCUACAUCGACUACGUCCGCAACCAGAUCUAUCAGGAUAAGACCUACACCUCCCUCUUGAAGAACAAUCCGCAGUUUGCUACGGUCAUCACUCGUCUCCAAGAGUCGCCUCAAUGCCAGCGGCUGCCCUUCAUGUCCUUCUUGCUGCUGCCCUUCCAGCGAAUAACACGCAUCAAAAUGCUCAUUGAAAACAUCCUGAAGAGAACAAAGGAGAGGACGAAAGAGGAGCAGACAGCCUCCAAGGCUUUGGCUUCCGUGUCGAAGAUCAUUGACGAGUGUAACACACAGGUGGGAAAAAUGAGACAGAUGGAAGAGUUGAUCCAUGUCUCUCAAACACUGGAGUUUGACAAGCUCAAGGCCAUCCCGAUCAUCUCUCAGACACGAUACUUGGAGAAGAAGGGAGAGCUGCAGGAAAUGUCCAAAGGAGGAACCAUCUUCAACAUGAGGGCAAAGUUCACCCCCGUCUACCUCUUCCUCUUCAAUGACCUGCUAGUCAUCACUGCCAAGAAAGGGGCGGAGCGUUUUGUGGUACUUGACCACGCCCAUCGCUCUCUGGUGCAGGUGCAGCCACUAGAUGAAGGUGGGGGCAGCAGCGGGCCCUACGAGCACUGCUUCAACCUCACCCUGCUGGAGAACCACCAGGGACGCACGAUGGAGAGGCUGAUUAAAGCUCCCUCCCAGUCAGAUAUGCACAGGUGGAUGGCGGCUUUCCCCAACCCCACCAUCCCAGACAGAGACGAAGAUGAAGUGAUUUAUGAAGACUGGGAUUGCCCUCAGGUGCAGUGUGUGGAGCAGUACAUUGCUCAGCAGGCAGACGAGCUCACCCUGGAGCCCACUGACAUCAUCAACGUCAUCCGCAAAACCAAUGAGGGCUGUUAUGAAGGCAUCCGCCUGUCGGACGGUCAGAAGGGCUGGUUCCCCAUAGGAAACGUCAUAGAGAUCACCAACGAGCAUGUGAGGCGGCGAAACCUCCGAGAGCGCUACAGAGUCAUUCAGGCUGCAAGCAUGGCCACCAGCAAGACCAACACCCUUCAUUAGGAUCAAUGGAUGUUUACAUGAAAUCUUUUUUUUUUUUUUAAAGACAAUGAAUGGAUACAAUAUCUUCAGAAAUGAACUCUGUACAUAAAUUAUUUAGGGACUUUGUGUUGAAGUGUGAGUUUCUAACAACCAGGAACUGAGAGAUAAAAAGGAGAAGGGUGAAGAUCAUGAGACAUCAUAACCGAGACCUGCAAUCAUCUUACUGGAGUACGCGAGUGUGCAGCUGGGAGCUUGAGGUGGAUCAUUACGACUGACACUGACCGACACUAUGAAUGUGCAUGCAUUCAAUAACUAAGAUCGGCAUCUUUACCGAUCUGAGUUUACCUCUUGUGAGCAUGCAACCCUUCAUUAACGCCUCCUCUGCAAAAACUGAAACGGCACAUCUGAAAUGCCAAUCAUUCCAGCUAUUGCUCGACCAGAUUGUACAAAUACAGACCUGCUGCAAAGAAAAGAGUUGGGUGUUCCUGUUAACGCCUGGUGUCAUCGUUGUCACGUGACCACACAAGUUAAAUACUUUUCAUUCCUGCCAUGCACAACAGCCUCUCUUGUGUCACUAAAGGUGGCCAGAAUGAAGGAUAACAUGUUUGAAUUUCAGUAAGUAACAUUUAAAAAAAGGAAUAUAUAUAUAUAUAUAUAUAUAUAUAUAUAUCUAUCUCACCACAAAACAA